AUGACUGUGGUGUCCCAGGAGAACCACGACGAGUCGGUGGUCGUUACUCCUGUGUUGCAAGAUGCUGCUGAAUUGGAGCCGGCGGAACAGGAGUGCAGCGAGAGGGUGGUCAUCAACAUCUCAGGUCUGCGUUUUGAGACGCAAUUAAAGACCCUCUCUCGCUUCCCGACUACGCUUUUGGGAGAUCCACGUAAAAGGAUGCGCUUUUUUGACCCACUGAGAAAUGAAUACUUCUUUGACAGGAACAGGCCGAGCUUUGAUGCCAUCCUUUAUUACUACCAGUCGGGAGGGAGGCUUCGGAGGCCUGUAAGUGUACCUGUGGAUAUUUUCCUGGAAGAAAUAAAGUUCUAUGAAAUUGACGAAGAGGCAGUUGAGCUAUUCCGAGCUGACGAGGGCUUGUCGAGGGAAGAGGAGCGCCCACUACCUUCUAAUGAGUACCAACGCCAGUUAUGGCUCCUGUUUGAAUAUCCAGAAAGUUCAGGACCUGCACGGAUGAUUGCUAUCGUGUCAGUUGCGGUUAUUUUAAUAUCCAUUGUUAUAUUUUGCUUGGAGACAUUACCCGAGUUUAGAGAACCCACUGAAUUGUACGAAAUUCACGCCAAUGGAAGUGCAGACGGCGUAGCGCACAGUCCAUUCACAGAUCCAUUUUUCAUGGUGGAGACACUUUGCAUCGUGUGGUUCUCGUUUGAGUUCACCAUGAGGUUUCUGUCGUGUCCCAGCAAACCAGCUUUCUUCAAGAACCUCAUGAAUCUGAUCGAUGUUGUGGCAAUAGCCCCUUAUUUCAUCACUCUGGGCCUCGAUCUCGCAGAGCAUCAGGGCAGCAGUCAGCAAGCUGCAUCCCUGGCCAUACUGAGGGUCAUCCGUCUGGUGCGUGUUUUCAGGAUUUUUAAACUCUCCAGACACUCCAAGGGUCUUCAGAUUCUCGGCCAGACGCUUCACGCAAGUCUCAGGGAGCUUGGACUGCUCAUUUUCUUCCUAAUUAUUGGAGUAGUUUUAUUUUCCAGUUCCGUUUAUUUUGCAGAAGCAGAAGAUCCCGAGUCUGUAUUUUCUAGCAUACCUGAUGCAUUCUGGUGGGCUGUGGUGACAAUGACAACAGUUGGAUAUGGAGACAUGUGUCCAUCCACCAUCUGGGGUAAAGUCGUCGGCUCUCUGUGCGCCAUCGCCGGAGUACUGACCAUAGCCUUACCUGUCCCUGUUAUCGUUUCCAAUUUCAACUAUUUCUACCAUAGAGAUAACGAGGAGGAGGAAAAUGUUACGUACAUACACGUGACUUGUGGGCAGCAGCCGCAGCCCUCCAUUGGUGAAUGUGACUCCACCAAAAGUAACAUGUCGCUCUCCAAAAUUGAGUCCUAUCAGGAUGGCGACGAUUUGGAAACCUUGACACAACCAAACAUGAACCCAAUGGAGCCAUACACAGGAAAACUGACAGAUGUAUAA